AUGCGCCCUGUGCGGCGCAGCGCGCGCCGCGGCGCCCCGCGCGGCGACGGCCGCUGCUGGGGCGCGCCCUUCGCGACGUACGGCGGGAGCUACCAGGGGAGCAGGGAGCUGCCGGCCGGCCUCCUCUACCACAGGGACUUCGUGAGCCCCGAGGAGGAGGCCCGGGUUCUGGAGGCCCUGGACGCGGACGCGGGCGCCUGGACCCGCAGGAUCCGCCGCGCGCAGCAGUUCUUCUCGGACCAGCUCGGCCGCCCGCUGCGAGAGUUCCCCGAGUGGCUGCUGCGCCGCGUCGCGGAGACGGGCAUCUUCGCGGACGGCGCCGGAGAGAUCAACCAGGUGCAGGCGAACGAGUACCUCGGAGACAGCGGCAUCGGCGUCCACGUGGAGGACCCGGCCGCGGGCCCGGCCUUCGCCACGGUAUCGCUGCGGGAGCCCGUCCAGAUGACGCUGGCCCGCGCGCCCGGAGGCAGGCCCGUGCCCGCGGCGGCGCGCGACACGGAGGACUGCGUGAAGGUGCUGCUGGAGCCCCGGAGCCUCCUGGUGCUCCAGGGG